GCGUCUGUCUCUCGCUCUCUCUAGGUUCUUCUAAAGUUGUGUUCUUAAGAACAAAGAAUAGCAGAACCUUGGUCCAUUGUUCCUCAGAGUUCGAUUAAGGCUCUUCUCCGUAACACAGAUUACAGCAUAGUGAGUGAUGGCCAAGCAUCACCCUGAUUUAAUCAUGUGCCGGAAGCAACCAGGAAUUGCCAUCGGGCGGCUCUGCGAGAAGUGUGACGGUAAGUGUGUUAUAUGCGACUCUUAUGUGCGCCCUUGCACGCUUGUGAGGGUUUGUGAUGAAUGCAACUACGGAUCAUUUCAGGGUCGUUGUGUUAUUUGUGGAGGAGUCGGGAUUUCUGAUGCUUACUAUUGCAAAGAGUGUACGCAGCAGGAGAAAGACAGAGAUGGAUGCCCAAAGAUUGUCAAUUUAGGGAGUGCCAAAACGGAUCUCUUUUAUGAACGGAAGAAAUAUGGUUUUAAGAAGAGAUGAUGAAGGGAUUAUGGUUGUUGGGGUUGGGGCAGAGCUGAAUACACUUUGCUUUUGAAAGAAAAUAUAUUGGAUACAAUCGUAUUUGAGCCAUGUUUUCUAUUCUCAUUCUUAGUUUGGUCGGAAAAGAAGGAAGGAAAACCUCAAUGUACAACUAGUCCUAGACACCUACCUUUGUAAACAUUUUAAUUUAUGUUAAUAAUUCGCAUGACUAGGGGCUGUUAGUCUAUUAUAUUCGGGAUUCUUACAUGAUCAAAAUGCACAAAAACCGUAUUUUACAAA